AUGGCCACGAAAGCUUUGCACUUAGAACUGGUUUCCGACCUUUCCUCCGAGACUUUUCUGGGUGCACUGCGUCGAUUCAUUUCUCGUAGAGGUCGCUGCAAUCAUAUUUAUUCCGAUUGUGGAACGAACUUUGUCGGAGCUUUUAGAGGACUGAUUAAUAUGCUAAAAUCCGCCGCUGAGCAAGAACAAAUUUCCUGGCACUUCAAUCCUCCAAGCGCGCCUCAUUUUGGUGGCCUGUGGGAAGCAGGAAUAAAGUCUGUAAAAACUCACAUUAAAAGGGUCAUUGGUGAUCAAUUGCCCACGUAUGAGGAAUUUUAUACGCUACUGGUUCAAAUAGAAGCAGUGCUUAAUUCUCGUCCAUUGUGUCCACAAAGCUCUGAUCCUAAUGAUUUGUCAGUUCUUACUCCAGGACAUUUUUUAACCCUGGAGCCGUUAAACGCCCCUCUCCGGAAGAUGAUCUUUCCGGGAUAA